AUGGAAAAUGAAGAAAUGAAAAUUGGGAGAGAAAUGAACAAGAAUGUGUACACCAUGGAUGAGGAACUUGAGCAUUGGUUUAGACAAGAUUGUGAUGUUGAUGAGGAAUUGCAAGAAGAGAAUGCAUUGAUGGAGACAAAAGAGGGUGAAGAACAAGGAAGAUUCAAUCUCUCCUGCAAAAUUGCAACAACAUCGGUUUAUGACAUGCCCUUGAAACCGUGA